AUGUCGUCUAUCUCAUCAGUCAGAGUCUCACCGCUCGCCUACAAGAAGCUCAUUCUGCACACAGCCAAGUACCCCACCGCUCGAGUUCUUGGCUUGCUUCUUGCAGAUACCACCUCCUCUUCAAACUUGACCAUCACCGACUCGAUCCCUCUCUCACAUCACUGGACAGCACUCGCGCCUAUGGCAGAGGCCGCUCUUUCUCUCGCUUCAGCGUUUGCCUCAUCCAAGAAUCUUGCUGUAGUUGGGUUAUACGAGGCACCUGAACUCGUUUCCGACCGCAACGUCUCUCAACAAGCAAGCAAGCUGGCAGAGAAGAUCGCCACUCUCGUUGGCAAAGAAGCACUCUUACUACACAUCAACAACGCCACAUUGCUGAGCCCGAACAACCAUUCAUUGAGCGGAUUCACCGUAGCAGCCAACACAUCAACAGGCGGAAAGGGAGAGGCGAAAGCAAAGCAGCUUCAAGAGUCAGCGGUUCUAUUGCAAGACUCGGCCAAGGCGAAAGAGUUGGAAGGCGCUGUGAGGGAGGAGAGGACAUGGGAGAAGCUUGUUGACUUUGACGACCACCUCGAGGAUCCAUCAUUGGAUUGGCUGCAGAACUCCGCCAUCACUGCGUAA